AUGACGCGUAUUCAUAACUGUCCAAAAGAAUCUGGUAAAUCCAAGUUCAGUGUUGAAAGUAUCUUGUCGACAACAGCAAAUGACAGUCAACCUUCUGAAGAGCCGUUGAAACCAACUGCUGUCCAGCAGAUCAGAUUACCGCAGGUGAUUAGCACUGCAGCAACGGCGACACCAACAAUAUCACAGGUUCCAACAAAAUUUGCCACUACUGUUCACCCAACAGCAAUGUUUCUGUUUGCUUCACAACUGCAUCCAGAAGCAACAUUUUCUGAAGCAUCUGCUGAAUCCCCACCUCGUUCGUUAGUACCGCAUUACAAUUGGCUAGCCAGUUCUUCGGAUCAUAUGUAUAUAUGUAUAUGUAUUUGUUUGUGUGUAUAUAUUUCAGCAAACGAAAAGGGAUUGGCAUCAUUAGGGUUAACAAAAUGCCUUCUAAGAAAGCAUAAAAAUAACCGUAAACCGAGGACACCAUUUAGCACUCAACAGCUCUUAUCGUUGGAAAGAAAAUUCCAACAAAAGCAGUACCUAUCAACAGCUGAACGGGCCGAAUUUAGUGCAUCGUUGCAGUUGACAGAAACUCAAGUGAAAAUAUGGUUUCAGGUUAGCAAAUUUUUUUCUAUUUUCUCUUCAUCUUUCUAAUU